AUGUCAUCAAUCAGUGAUACAUCAACUUGGUUAAAGUUCUUCACCGAGGCUGGAAUCCCAGCGGGAGAAGCAACUAAUUAUGCCAUCAUCUUCACCGACAAUCGUAUUAAACAAGAUAUGCUUAUGGAUCUGAACAGGGAAUACUUGCGUGAUAUGGGGAUCACGGUAAUGGGUGACAUUAUUGCAAUACUUAAACAUGCCAAGAUUUUCUCUGGUCAUUUGUCUCGUCAGAGAGUGUUGCAGGCCUCAUCCCCCCAAACUCCUCAGUAUGAUACAAGUGCAUCACAUUCAUCAAGUAAGAAAAGUACACCUGCAUCUAGAAUGCUAGAGCAUUAUGUUCGUAAAGAAGGACCCCCAUCUCCACCUAAUGGUAACUCCAGUCUUUCUCAGAGCCUGUCAGCACGUUUAAGUAGUGGUAAUAAAAGAUCAGUUGAAGAUGAUGACUCGUCGAGUGCUAACAAGAGAAGUUCAGUUUUUAACCGUUUAGGUGAUAAUUCUGUGACGAGCACUACUAGUGAAACUCCUAAGAUCACAAUCACUAUGCACGGUAAAGAUAUAAUUCGCACAGCUACAGGCACUGAAUCUAAUAAAAAAUCAUCACCAUCUGUAUUUGGCCGAUUAGGUAGCAAGGAUGAUAAUACAAAGGGAGGGGCUUCUGAUCAUGAACUUAGUCCCGGUAAACCACUAGAAUAUCAAGGCAUUCUAAAGUAUUCAUCUAGUGACAGUUUUGAUAAGCCUAGUUUUGCCCGAAAAAAGGUCAUAGCUAUUCCAGGAGGAACAAAAGUUGCAACCAUGACUGCAGAUACUACGACAGGUAUUAAAAGCAGACUGGGACUCCAAAGCAUUACAUCAAACAGUUCAUGUACUAGUGCUGGAAUAUUUGCAAGGGAGACUGCAGAAGCUCGUAAAUCAAAAUCACCAGCCAAGUCUACUACGUCGAGCAGCAUCUCUUCCAGUCGCUUGAAAACGAAGGCAUCAACUUCAAAAAGCAGUAAUUUAAAAUUGAAAGCAUCACCAUCAACCUCUAAAGAAACGCCAUUGCCUGGUAGAACUGUUGUGUCAGCAGCUGCGACUUCAUCGAGCCCCUCUCUGGGCAAAAAGUAUGUUAAGAAGAUUGUCAAAGUAAACAAAAAAACAGGUGAAAUUGUCAGUGAAGAAAAGAUACUAUUAAAGACGGAUGUAUUCAGUAGACUUGGUAAUUGA